AUGUCAGCCAUAAUCAUCACGACCACUCCGUAUACACGGCCUCACUCUCAUUCCCGAACCAGAUCACGUCCACCUCAUUCACGUGCUCAAUCCCAGAUAGGAACACCUGUCAAUGAACAGACUCCACUGCUCUUACGCCCUCCCUCACCCACACCAAGUUGUACUUCCUCUGUAUCUACCUACUCAUCCUCAUCUGAGACCCUUCUCCGAUCACCGCCAUUGAAAGAUUCCAUCAGCUUAGCGAGGUUUUGUAUCGUUUGUGCUGGGAUAUGGUCAGCGAAUUUCGUAUUUGCCUUUCAAUCGACUGCUAUACCCACUUUGGCACCGGAGAUAGGAAGCUGGUUCGAGCAUGCUGAGCUGGCAGCUUAUCUAGGAAGUGGCUUUACACUAGCUAGUACAGCAGUGAUACCCCUAUAUGGGGUUUUUAUGGAAACUUUAGGACGCACGUUCGCAAUGGUCACUGCAUGUGCAUUCUUCGGUAUAGGGACGAUUCUGUGUGCCAUGUCGAAUCACAUGUAUACUUUGAUUGGAGCUAGGAUAUUCGCUGGAUUAGGUGGUGGUGGAUUGUUGACUGUCUCUAGUGUGAUUGUAACCGACUUGGUACCACUAAGGGACAGAGGUUUUUACCAAGGCCUCAUGAUGACCAUCUUCGGGUCUGGGUCGAUGUUAGGCGGACCGUUGGCAGGUUGGCUUACAGAUAAAUACGGCUGGCAUUGGUCUUUCUGGGUUCAACUACCCAUCAUCGUCUUCUGCGCUGUGAUCGUAUCCAUCUUCUUACCUACACCACCGAUCCCACCAACCCAUCAAUCUCUACUUAGCGGCUUGGCAUCCCUCGAUUGGCUAGGUUCCUUCUUCCUGAUCGCCUCGGUCACCACGCUCCUGUUGGGAUUCUCCUUCCACACUUCAUACCUCGAACCCUGGUCGGCACCCAUCGUAUGGGGAAUGCUACUUACCUCCGUCAUCAGUACCGGUCUGUUCAUAUAUACGGAAACGCAGGUAAAGAGACCAGUCGUACCGUUGGAAUUGUUCAAGUCUAGCCAUAUAGCUGCAAUCAACACGUCCGGUUUCUUCUUAAGUGUUGGGAAUCAGGCUUUUAUGUAUCAGAUUCCCGUUUACUUCGCUGUCAUCGUCAAUACGUCUACCGCACAAGCUGGGCUGAUCAUGUCAUUAUGUGGUGGGUUGGGUUUGGCGACCGGAUCGAUGGUAGCAGGACAGUAUAUACGCUCAGGUCAUUCGUGGAAGUACCUCGGUCCAAUUGCUUUAUUCCCUCCGAUCGUAGGAUCCAUCGUCGCUGCUAUGUGGGAUCCAACGUGGACAUGGUGGAGUUACUACGCUACUGUCCUACCUUGUGUUCUGGGUUACUCGACUUUCUUAUGCGUACAACUAGUCGCUCUGAUCUCAAGUGUAGACAGUAAGAUCAUGCCUAAAGCUACGGCUCUCAUGUACACUUCACGAAGUCUCGGAGCUACUCUUGGAGUCAGUAUAGGUGGAUCCGUCCAACUGGGUGCUUUGGCAAGUGAUCUGAAGAAGCAGUUCAAAGGGAUCGACAAUGGUAAUGAGAUCAUCUCAGCGAUCCUUCAUUCCAAAUCAGCCAUUCGUCUCUUACCUCCCUCACUCCGAGAACUAGCUUUAGCAUCUUACAGUCAUUCUUUGUCUGUCGUAUGGGGAUUCUCAGCAAUCAUAGCUACGAUCACAUUAAUCAACUCGUUUUGGAUCGAAAGUAGUGAAGUGCACAAGGAUGAGGAAGACGACCAGUUGAGAAAAGGGGUGUGUGGUGUAGUGGAAGGUGGUUUCGGGGAAGGAUUGGGUGAAAGUACGAUAGAGGGAGAGACUAGGGAGUAG